CCUUUUCGAACUAGUCCAAUCCCAGUCUCGCUAGCGCCUGGUCCCAUGUGAGCACUGGGGGCUUUUGCGCCAAGGUGACAUGCCGAUGAUAAGUGGUAAUGGGUCUCGGGCAACUUCUCAAUCGAGCUCCAUAUCCGAUGCCUUCUGGAAUCCGUACAACCAUAUGAGCGAAGCGAGCAGUGACAUAGGCGAGUCACUGAACACAGUCCAUGACGGAGUGGUGAAUGAUGCCCCGGAUGUCGUCUGGGACCUGCAGGACGUGCCCGGAUCGUUUUCACAACCGGAGAGCGGGUUCUUUGGCAAUCACCAUUCGGAGAAGUUAGAGGAGAAGUGCCCCGUCAAGGAGGUUGCUGAGGUUGCCAACGAUGACUCCCAGCCACCCUUGACACCUUGCACUCCAGGCCGCGUCUUCGCAGUGGCCAAGCCCGUCAAAAAGGGCCGCAGUUGGCAAGCUCCGCUGCCUCCUGGGGCUGUCAACCUUCCAAGCCAAGAGGAUGAGGGCGCGGCAGGUCCCACGGGUCCGGCAGGUCCGGCAGGUGCAGGACCUGUAGGGCCGGUAGGACCUGGGCCUGUGGUGCCCGGCAAGGUCAAGGGGCCGAGCCUGGCUCCAUGAGUUCCAGGACCGUUUUCAUUUCCAGCCAUACUCGUAGCUUCACCGGGCGAGCCAUUCCACCAACAAGGUACACAUUCUCUUCGAAGGGUCCAAGAUUAUCAUCGGUUGCCGGUCACAGUCGCCUUGCGGGCGCAUGGAGGGGCCGACAACUGAUCGCUUGCGAUAAGCUAUGUGUGUGUGGCCUUUGCAGUGUCCAGUCUGGGGCUGGCUGGCUUAGAGGGAAACCAAGGGCGGACCGCCUAUAGAUGGUCAUCCCAAUGGUGUUUCUCUUUUUACCGAACGCAUCACACGGCUGAGACGUCGCAAAUCAAACGACUGGAUUCGGGGUUGAUUUGGAAGCCAGUGGAGAGAGUGCCAACGAGCAAGACUUGUUUUGGCCUCUCCAGGGCUCUCGCUUUGGGAGUUUCAAGUGGGCAGUGUUUGGAUUAGGGAA